AAUUAGACGUUAUCCGUGAUGUCAUAUUCUAUUGUGCUGGCAGGCGAUAGUCUCUUCUGUCCAUCCUCUUCGCCAGCUGCCAUAACGAAACCCCACUGUGCUCAUGGCUCUUUGAGCAGUCUGGUAGACUACAGAGUAUACAGACCUCUACAUUAUAGCCUUCACCGUCGGCUCUGCCAACCGAUUUUAAAUGAUACGCAAAGGACUGUCUAAUUUACUAGGCCGCGGUAAUUAGAAUUUCGAUGCGCACGACGAUUCCAUGCGCACGAUCAUUCUGUGUCAAUUUACGGCAUUUACACUGUCUGUCGCCAUUCAAAGGCUUCUCAAUUGACGGUUUCUAAUAUAAUUUUUAGGUCGAAGUAUUGUUUAGGUUUAGUCUAAUCAGAUCUACGGUUACUUGGCUACUACGCUUUCAAGGAUACGACGACAACACGAGUCGUCUAAGGAUCAUCUGUGUCAACGAGCUGAGGAGAAACCGUAAAAAUGUUCGAGACGAGAGGGAUUCCUUUUAUUCUGCUUGACAUCGCCUGUCUAAUUCUCGCGGGACUGCCCCUGGCAGCCCUUAAAUUGGGCCAAAUCAAGCCCUAUCAGAGGGGCUUUUUCUGUAACGAUGACAGCAUCAGCUACCCCUUCCACACCAGCACAGUCACCUCCAAUGUGCUCUACGGUGUGGGCUUCACUUUGCCCAUUUGCUCUAUGGUCUUUGGAGAGUGCCUUUCGGUCUAUCUCAAACGCAUCAAAUCAAAGUCCUCUUUCAGCAACAUGUAUGUGGCCCGUGUUUACAAAGCCAUCGGCACAUUCGUGUUUGGGGCGGCCAUGAGCCAAUCGCUCACUGACAUCGCCAAGUAUUCGAUUGGCCGGCUCCGACCCCACUUCCUGGACGUGUGCAAGCCUGACUGGAAGCUGAUCAACUGCACGGCAGGCACCUACAUAGAGGACUUUACCUGCACAGGGGACGCACGCUUGGCCAAUGAGGGCAGGCUGUCAUUCUACUCUGGCCAUUCCUCCUUCUCCAUGUACUGCAUGCUGUUCCUGGCACUGUACAUCCAGGCCAGGCUGCAGGCAGGGUGGGCCAGACUCCUGAGACCAACCCUACAGUUCUUCCUGAUCGCGGCGUCUGUGUACACCGGACUGUCUCGUGUGUCUGACUACAAACACCACUGGAGCGACGUCCUGGUUGGCCUUAUCCAGGGAGUGCUCAUGGCCACACUGGUAGUCUUCUUCGUGUCAGACUUCUUCAAGAAGAAGGUUGAGCCUCAGAAGGAGGAUAUUCCCCACACCACCCUGCAGGAGACACCCACAAACGGAAACCACUACGACAGCAGCCCCAACUAAACUAUAAAGGAGAGGAGGAACCAUCCGGAACCAUACAUGGCGUGUAGCCAGUGGGGAAGUGUUUACUGCAUGCGCAUCAUACCCCACUAAGGGACAGACCACUGGGGUGGACAGAAAGGCUUAAGUACCAAAUGGCCCCCUAUUCCCUAUAUAGCAUAGCCUAUAGGGCUCUGGUCAACUGUACUGUACUAUGUAGGGAAAUAGGGUGCCAUUUGGAGCGUUGCCAAACCUGUGAAUGUAACCCUGCUUUGUGCAUUUCUGACCUAUGACCUGGAGCCUAGCUCCCUAUUGGACAUUGAGUCACACCCAUGUUGCCUUGGCUGGACUGCUACUAUCAUAGCUUCCUUUGUAUUAUCGUUACUAUCCCAACAAGGCUAAUAUAAUAUAUCUGUACCUGACUAUCCCAACAAGACUAGUAUAAUAUAUCUGUACCUGACUAUCCCAACAAGACUAGUAUAAUAUAUCUGUACCUGACUAUCCCAACAAGACUAAUAUAAUGCAUCUGUACCUGACUAUCCCAACAAGACUAGUAUAAUAUAUCUGUACCUGACUAUCCCAACAAGACUAGUAUAAUAUAUCUGUACCUGACUAUCCCAACAAGACUAAUAUAAUAUAUCUGUACCUGACUAUCCCAACAAGACUAGUAUAAUAUAUCUGUACCUGACUAUCCCAACAAGACUAGUAUAAUAUAUCUGUACCUGACUAUCCCAACAAGACUAAUAUAAUGCAUCUGUACCUGACUAUCCCAACAAGACUAAUAUAAUGCAUCUGUACCUGACUAUCCCAACAAGACUAAUAUAAUAUAUCUGUACCUGACUAUCCCAACAAGACUAAUAUAAUAUAUCUGUACCUGACUAUCCCAACAAGACUAGUAUAAUAUAUCUGUACCUGACUAUCCCAACAAGACUAGUAUAAUAUAUCUGUACCUGACUAUCCCAACAAGACUAGUAUAAUAUAUCUGUACCUGACUAUCCCAACAAGACUAAUAUAAUAUAUCUGUACCUGACUAUCCCAACAAGACUAGUAUAAUAUAUCUGUACCUGACUAUCCCAACAAGACUAGUAUAAUAUAUCUGUACCUGACUAUCCCAACAAGACUAGUAUAAUAUAUCUGUACCUGACUAUCCCAACAAGACUAGUAUAAUGCAUCUGUACCGGAAGCAACAAAAGACAAAACACCUGACUUUUUUUUUAUCCAUCCAUAUGUUAAAUCACUACAGAUGUUCUUUUUUAAUUAAAAUUGUGUUAACUAUGUACAAAUGUGUUGCACUUUUUGGAAGGAAAAAAAGCCAUUUCAUGCUUAUCAACAUGAAUACAAAUAAAAAAAUAAAAAACA